AUGGCGCACGUCCAGUCGGUCGCUAACACAGGACGUCGCUCCAGCUUGCGCCAGCGUAGACACGUUGAUUACACGGCUAACACGCAGGACGAGGGUGCCCCCGCCACGCAGGACGCCACGCAGGACAAGGGUUUCCCAGCCACACUGGGCAAGGAUGUUCCCGCUACGCAGGACGCCACGGAGGAUGAUGAUGUUUCUGCCACGCAGGAAGCGACGCCGGAGGCUAUCACGCAGGACGAAGAGGUGGAAAACACCCAGAACGUUACCGUUGAGGUGGUAGUCGUGUCGCCGGCCGCUACCACUGAGGGCAACGUGGAUGACAACACUGCGGGCAACACUGAGGACAACACUGAGGGCAACACUGAGGGCAACACUGAGAGUAACGCCGCCGCAGCGGGCUCCAGUGAUACGGAAAACAAUAGAGCAGAAUCAGAAUUAUCGACUGUAGAUGACCCAGAUCCUGAACCUCCAACCAAGCGUGUCCGGGUAUCCACUGAAGGGUCGGCUAGUCGACCGCAUCAUCUCUGGCGUCGCCAAACAAAAAACGCAGAUAACCGCAAGAAAAUCGUGGAAACGCUAAACCCAGUAAACAACGACAAGCCAGGACUACCGCAAAAGGUCUUCAACACGUGGGAGGAGUAUCAGAAAGUCCUCAAAGAUUACGAAGCCGAGCAGUUCCUUUGCUAUCGAACUCGGACCUCUCAGACAAGAGAGAAGCACAACAGGUGA